AUGUUCCAACAAGACAAAAUUUUGAAGUAAAUCAAUUAUUCUAAAGUUGAUUAUUAGCUUUAAGGCUUAAAUUAGUAUUAUUUUACUUUUAACAAAUUAAUUUCCAGGUUAAAAAUGUCUGAAGACAGCUUGGUGAAUCGUGCGAAGGAAGUCCAGAAGCAACUUCAAGGUUUAAAUCAAAAAGUUCAAGAUGAGACGGCUAAACUAGGACAGGUAAAGGUUUUUUUUCUUUAUUGUUCUUGGUUUUUUAGGGGUGAUUUUGGUUACUGGAAGAUGAUUUCGGCCGUAUUCUAAUGAAGAACAUUAAAAUUUGACGUGGUUUUGCCCUUGUUAUAGACUUUUGGCCAAAAACAAAACUUACCGCCAAAUUUUCAGUCCGAAACAGCUCCAACAGCUUCAGAUGCAUCUUCAGCACGUGCCGAACCAGUUGGCCGACAAAAGAUUGCUGAGAUGUCUGAUGAAGUUGUGGAUUCAAACCCAUACAGUCGAUUGAUGGCAUUGAAGAGGAUGGGCGUUGUGAAGAACUAUGAGAACAUUCGAAAGAAGUCGAUUGCUGUGGUUGGAGUAGGUGGUGUUGGGUCUGUCGUGGCUGAGAUGUUAACUCGUUGUGGUAUUGGAAAGUUGAUUUUGUUUGAUUAUGAUAAGGUAGAGUUGGCCAACAUGAACAGGUUGUUCUACAAGCCAGAUCAAAGUGGGUUGAGCAAAGUCGAGGCGGCCAAGGAGACAUUAAUGUGAGUGGUUUUGUUAUUUAAAAAAACAUCAAUUGCAAUGACAAAAGUUGUUUUAAAAGUGCGAUUUGAUACCUACUUCCAAUGUUUUUUGAACUUCAAAGAAAUCCUAAAAUGAAAUUUAAAUAUUCAGUAAGAUCAACCCAGAUGUAGAAUUCGAGACCCAUAACAUGAAUAUUACGACUAUGGCCAACUUCAAGGUGCUAAUGGAGAGGAUUCAGCACGGUUCACUAACUGAUGGUCCAGUUGAUCUUGUGUUGAGCUGUGUGGACAACUUUGAAGCCCGAAUGACCAUAAACACAGCUUGUAACGAAAUUGGCCAAACAUGGAUUGAAUCUGGAGUUAGUGAGAAUGCCGUCAGUGGUCAUAUUCAGUACAUUCAGCCUGGUAAAACACCUUGCUUUGCGGUAAGUGAGCUAUGAUAUGAUUAGCAAAACGAAAAAAGUGAAAUUUAAAGUUUAUUAUCACUAUGAUUGGAUACAAAAAAUGUUUUUUUUUGUUUAAAAGCUUGUGCUCGAUUAAAAAAUUAUAUUUUAAAUAUUUCAGUGUUCUCCGCCACUAAUCGUAGCGUCAGGCAUUGAUGAAAAGACACUGAAGAAAGACGGUGUAUGUGCAGCGUCACUACCAACUACCAUGGCCAUUAUUGCCGGUCUUCUAGUACAAAACGCCCUCAAAUACCUACUAGAAUUUGGAGAAGUGUCAGUAUUUCUUUGUUAUUCAGCUAUAGAAGAUUUCUUCCCCAGAACCGACCUAAAACCCAAUCCACAUUGCACGGAGAAUCAUUGUCGACAACAACAGAAAAAGUACCAGGAAUGGCUGGCUACACAAGCCCCAAAAGAAGUGGAACAGAAGGUCGAAGAGGUUGUACAUGAAGAAGAUUGGGGAAUCGAAGUCGUCGAGGAGUUUGCUCCAGAAGACAAACGGACAGAAGUUGCGACGGGCAUCAGGCUACAAUACGAAGCUGGAGAUCAUCAAGAACCGGAAUUUGUGGAAGAAGAAGAGCAGGAAGAUCCAGAAGAAGCCAAAGCCAACUUGGCCAAGUUGAUGGCACAGCUAAAGGCUUCGAAAAAGGAUUAG